AUGGCCGACAUUACCGAACCGGUUAAUGUUUUUUUAGAAACUAGCCACGACUAUGUUAACGAUAAUGGUCAACCAAAUGCGAUCGAUGUCCUCAUUUUUGACAAAAAUCCUGUGCUACCGAAUAAUAUAUCUCAUUUAAAUAGCAACUCAUUAAGUAGCGACGAGACUGAGAAUACACCAUUGCCGACUGAUCAUUUGAAUUGCAACUUGUUGAGUAACGACAAGGCUAUGAACAUACCACUGCCGUCGGAUACAUCUCAUCUUAAUAGCAACUUUUUGAGUAACAAUGAAGAUAUGAAUACACCACUGCUGUCCGUUACAUCUCAUGUAAAUAGUGACGAGGCUGUGAAUAUACCUCUGUCAUCUAAUACUUCUCAUUUAAAUAGCAACGAGGCUGUGAAUACACCACUGCUGUCUGUUACAUCUCAUCUAAAUAACAACUUGUUGAUUAGCGAUGAGGCUAUGAAUACACCACUAUUGUCUGAUACAUCUCAUGUAAAUAGUGACGAGGCUGUGAAUAUACCUCUGUCAUCUGAUACAUCUCAUUUAAAUAGCAACGAGGCUGUGAAUACAUCACUGCUGUCUGUUACAUCUCAUGUAAAUAGCAACGAGGCUGUGAAUACACCACUGCUGUCUGUUACAUCUCAUGUAAAUAGUGACGAGGCUGUGAAUAUACUACUUCUGUCUGAUACGUCUCAUCAAAAUAACAAUUUGUUGAGUAGCAAUGAGGCUUUGAAUACACCACUGCUGUCUGAUACAUUUAAUUUAAAUAGUGAUGAGGCUGUGAAUACGCCACUACCUUCUGAUUCGUCUCAUUUAAAUAUUGAUGAGCCUGUCAAUACACUAAUUACUCCUUCCCUUCAAGAUUCACUUAAUGAUAUGAAUGUAGAUGUUUUUGAUUCAUUAUUAGACAAACCUGCUACUACUGGUUCUAAGCAAAUUGAGGAUUACAAGGUUGGUGAUAUUGUUUGGGCUAAAAUUGGGAAGUAUCCAUAUUGGCCAAGUAUUGUCUGUGUUGACCCAACAUUGAAUAUUCAUUAUAAAGAAAAAAAGCGAUUAUUGAUCCAUGUCCGCUUUUGUAAUGAUAAAGGUAGAAGAAGUUGGGCCACAACUACUGAAAAUUACAAUGGAAAAUGUGAAUUACUUUUAAAGUAUCCUAAUACUUUAACUUACUUUAAGAAUAGUAAAAAGCUUAUUGAUACGUGGGAAUUGGCAGUUGAAGAAGCUGAUAAUUUGAUGAAACUUGAUAGAGAAUCGAGAUUGAUAGAAUUUUUCAAAUCUUUUUGUAAUUCAGAUUCUGUAACUCCAUCUGUUUUAAAUAAAUCAUCUGAAGGCACUGUUGCUGCUUUAAAAGUACGUACUUAUUCAAGAAAAAGAUCUCUAGCAGUUCCUGAACAAGAUAAUGAUUCCAAAAUAAUGAAGACUGAAAACAUAGCUAUGAAUUGUACAUCAUCAGGAUCAAUAGACAUUCCUCUACUGUCAAGAUCAGAUGAUGCGGAUAGUACUGUUUCUGAUUUUUCUAUGAGCUAUGCUUUUAGAGAAGACUUAGGUUUAAAAGUAAAACAGGAAACUAUAAAAAAAAGAAGAUCAACAAAAACGUAUCCACCAAAAAGUUCAGUUGCCAAUAAAUAUGAUUUAUCUUAUUCAAUAAUGAAUUCUCCAGAAAAUAAUGAUAGUAAUAGUUUAUCUGAUAAUCAAGAUAAAUACCCAGUUGCAACCACAACAUCUUCUACUCGUUUGUUACCUCAUCAUAGAAAACUUGAAAUAAGCAUAUUAGAAGGAGAAUAUGAUCAAGAUAAAAUAAUUUUUCCAAGUUCUCGUCGUUCAAAAAAAAAAAAUACAAUUCAUAUAAAUACCAGCUCAAAUAAAGAAAUCAAUUUAACUAACGGUGAUCAUUCUACACGUUUACAAAGUUCAUCCAAUUCUAAGAAAACAGUUACUAGAAAACAACUUAUUGAAAAAGAAAACUCUACUGGAAGAAAAUCUACUACAGUUAAACAUGAAAGUAGCCCAGAACCAGAUACAACAGAAAGUGAAGCUUCUUCAAAAAAUGAAACAUAUAGUUCAGUUUUCUUAACUAGUUCACAAAACAAACAGCUUUUUACAAAAACCUGGAAAAGAGCAUGUGUAGUUUGUAAAAAUGUUAAAGACACAGUUAAAUGUUUGGGCCCAUGUCAAAGUUAUUUUCAUAAAGAAUGUUUAAAUAAGAGCGAGGAAAGAUAUAAUAAGACCAAAAGUAUACCAAUGACUAAAACUAAAAUUAAAAAAACGUCUGGUCGCCGUAAAAGAAAUUACUCAAAAAUCACACAGAAAAACGAAGGUUCUAUAGUUGAUAAUCCUCAGCUUAUAAAUAACUUAGAAGAAGAAAACACUGCUAAAUUAUUUAAAAAAGACCAUGACGUCAAAUCUAAUGGCUUACAAACCUUAUCUCAAACCCAAUGUUCUAGUUAUACUAAUGAAGAAACCAUAUCACUUAAUCAAUUUGAAUCGGAUGAACUAUUUAAAAAUGAAAGUUGCAUUCUUACUGAAAAUGAUAAUACUCAAAGUGAAUUAGAAAGUGUAAAUGAAGAUUCUAUUUCGGGAACAUCUGAAGAAAAAAAUGUUACUCCAACUGUACAAAUCAACAUAGAUGAAAAAAUAUCAUUGGACAAUUUAAAAUAUAUGUGCAGCCUAUGUAAAGCUGGUAAAACAAACUGUUUUGUGUGUGGCUUGGAUAUUGACGAUCCUGGACAAAAGAUUGUUUGUAAAAUAUCCAGCUGUGGAAAAUAUUUUCAUGAAUCAUGUUUAAAAGAUUGGCCUCAAUGUCAGUGGAUUCAAGGGUCACGGAACAAUGUCCGAUGUGUAGUAUGUCCACAUCAUGUUUGUCAUUUAUGCAUUUCGGAUAACCCUAAAAGUUCAUGUACAACUCAUUUUCCCGCUGAAAAAAUAACCCGGUGUAUAAAAUGCCCAACAGCCUAUCAUAGAAGUGAAUACUGUUUACCAGCUGGUUGUCAAGUCUUAACAUACAAUGAUAUUAUUUGCAGUCGACAUUUUGAACCUGUUAAAGUGCAAAUUUAUCAUUAUAAUGCUACCUGGUGUUUUAUUUGUGCAUUAGGAGGUGGUUCAUUAGUUUUCUGUGAUUUGUGUCCAUCUUCAUUCCACAUUGAUUGUUUAAAUCAGGACCCAUCAGAAUUUGAAGGCGGUUUUACUUGUGAAGAAUGUCAAACUGGACGAUAUCCUCUAUAUGGUGAAAUUGUAUGGGUUAAGAUUGGGAACUAUAGGUGGUGGCCUGCUCAAAUUAUUUUUCCAAAUGAAGUUCCUGAUACUGUAAGUGCAAUAUCACAUUCUGUUGGACAAUUUGCUGUUCGAUUUUUUGGAACAUAUGAUUAUUAUUGGGUAAAUCGAGGACGAGUAUUUAACUUUCAUGAAGGGGAUGAUGAGAAUGUCUUAACAAAAAAUAAUAUGAAAGUUAUAGAUAAAGUGUUUCAAGAUUCUAUUUUAGAAGCAGCUCAAGCUCAUAGUGCUUAUAUUUUAGAAAAGGAAAAAAAUGAUGCUAUAGUAGCAAAAUCUUUUACGAAGCCUCCAAAAUUUACAAGAAUAAAAUUCAACAAACCCAUUGGCAAUGUCAAAAAUAUGGAAUUCGAUAUUACCGCAAUGACUCCCUGUGAAUGUGAUCCGACAAAGCCAAACCCAUGUGGUCCCGGUUCUGAUUGUAUAAAUAGAAUGCUUAUGUUUGAAUGUGAACCAAAAGUAUGUCCUGCUGGAGACAAAUGUAAUAACCAAAGAUUUGAAAAAACAUUGUACCCUGCUAUGGUCCCGUUUUUGACAAAAGGUAGAGGUUGGGGCCUUAAGACACUAGAAGAUAUAAAAGAAGGUUCAUUUGUGAUCGAGUAUGUUGGUGACGUAAUUGAUGAAGAAGAAUUUCAAAGGAGAUGCUUGGAAAUGCAUCAAAGAAAUGAACAAAAUUAUUAUUUUUUGACUAUAGAUAAUUCUAGAACAAUUGACGCUGGGCCAAAAGGAAAUUUAUCAAGGUUUAUGAACCAUUCGUGUGAACCUAAUUGUGUAACCCAAAAAUGGACAGUGAAUGGAGAUACUAGAAUUGGGCUUUUUGCUUUACACGACAUUCCAACUGGUACAGAGCUUGUUUUUGAUUACCGUUUGCAGAGUUGCUCGGGAGUAGAGAAAAAACCUUGUCAAUGUGGAGCUACAAGAUGUUCUAAAUUUAUUGGAGUGAAAGUGGAAGAAGAGAAAAAGAAAGUGAUUUCAAGUAACGAUGUGGAUAAGUGCAAGGUUUCUUCAAAAAACAAACGAAAACCGUUAAAACUGAAGGAUAAUGUUUCUGAUUCAGACAAGUCAAAAUUAACUAAAGUAAUUAGCAAUGAUCAAAAGAUAACUGAAAAUAAGGCUGAAGCAUCUAAUGCUGAGAAAAUUGUACUUUCUAAAAAAUCCAAAUCUAAAACAUCUAUUGGCAAAUCAUCAACUACCUUAAAAAAUGCAAAUUCGGAACCCUCAGAAACACCUGCCGUUGUAAAGGGGAAAUGGAAAAAUUCAGCUAAGAACAUCGCCAAUAUCACCAAAGAUGACAUUACAGUUGAUGAUUCUACAGAAUCCGAAGAAAAUGUUAGUUCAAAAAGAAAGCUUAAGAAUGGUUUGUCCACACUUUCUUCGAGAAAACGUCUGAUAAAAGAUGAUACAUGGGAUACAGACAGUUCUGUUAUAGUGAAAAAGGAAAGAAAAUUCAACAGUUAUAAAAAAAAGAAUCUGAUCAAAAACAAUUUUUUACCAGUGCCAUCACCUAUCCUAACCAAGUUAUCAACAGAUAAAACCUUAUAUUCUUCUGAAAAUAAAGGCAAUGAUAUUAAAUUAGACAAAUCAACAAGACCUCAAGAAAAAUCUCGGAAUAAUUUAACUAGACUGGCAAAAAGUAGACAUUUAUUUUUAUCCAAAGUGAAUAUAAAAUAUCUAUUAUAA